CACGAUACACAACACCGUCAAAAACAGAAGCUAAGCUACAAACUAAAAUGACCCAAGUGAAGAACAAUCAAGUGGUUCUAAGGAACUAUGUCACUGGUUUUCCCAAAGAAUCCGACAUGAACAUUGUUGAAAGUGUCAUAACAUUGAAGCUUCCACAAGGUUCCAAUGAUGUGCUUCUCAAAAAUCUCUACCUCUCUUGUGACCCUUACAUGCGAGCUCUCAUGUCCAAUAUGGAAGACCUCGAGGGAUUUCAGACCUAUACACCUGGCUCUCCAUUAACAGGAUAUGGGGUUUCUAAAGUCCUUGAAUCUGAACACCAAGAUUAUAAGAAAGGUGACUUAGUAUGGGGAAUCACUAAAUGGGAAGAAUUCAGCUUCAUCCCCUCAUCUCUAAUACAUUUCAAAAUUGAGCACACUGAUGUCCCACUUUCAUAUUAUACUGGUAUUCUUGUUUCUUUGAACACAGGUAUGCCAGGAAUGACUGCUUAUGCUGGUUUCUUUGAAUUAGGCUCUCCCAAGAAAGGAGAGAAUGUUUUUGUUUCAGCUGCCUCUGGUGCAGUUGGUCAACUUGUUGGUCAAUUUGCUAAAUUGGCUGGUUGUUAUGUGGUUGGAAGUGCUGGAAGCAAAGAGAAGGUGGAUCUUUUAAAGAAUAAAUUAGGAUUUGAUGAAGCUUUUAACUACAAAGAAGAGUCAGAUCUCAAUACAACUUUGAAAAGUUACUUUCCAGAAGGCAUUGACAUUUACUUUGAGAAUGUUGGGGGCAAGACACUAGAUGCAGUACUCACAAAUAUGAGAGUCCAUGGUCGCAUACCCGUCUGCGGAAUGAUCUCACAAUAUAAUCUUACUCAACCUGAAGGUGUAACAAAUUUGGCAAAUCUUAUACUUAAGCAAGUUUGUAUGGAAGGUUUUAUGGUUACUGCAUUUUAUCACUUAUAUCCGAAAUUCUUGGAGUUUAUCCUGCCACAUAUUAGAGAAGGGAAGGUUGUGUAUGUGGAAGACAUUGCUGAGGGUCUUGAGAAUGGACCUGCUGCCUUGGUUGGCCUCUAUAGUGGUCGCAAUUUUGGUAAACAAGUGGUUGUUGUUGCUCAUGACUGAAUGCAGAUGCUUUUGUUGGACAUUGCUGUCUUUUUUCAUUCAAAGUUUUUGUUCUAUUUUUGUGUUGAAUAUUAGGCAUCUUUGUGCCCUCAAAAAAAAUAAAAAAUUAGGCCUCUUUGUAUGGCUUUUGCGAUCAAUAUUUGUGGUAUUUGAGAUA